CGAUAAAUCACACUGCAUACGACUGCAAUUGUUGUUAAUAAUUUCCUUGCUUUCUCGCCCCCCCCAGCCGUAUAAAUACGUGUAUUUAAGCAGCAGGUUUUGCAUUAAGUGUAAAACAGUGCAGGCGCGUGCAACCACACAAACACCUCUCCAAUCAGAUCAUCGCCAGAACCGCAACAGCAGCCAGACAGCUCCAGAUAUCAACGAACGCCAGCCAGCAUCCCAGAAAUGUCUCAACAACCUGUUGCUUUCCUGACCCGCCGCGAAACCUUUAGCGCCUGCCAUCGCCUGCAUAGCCCCCAGUUAACCGAUGCCGAGAAUCUGGAAGUGUUUGGCAAAUGCAAUAAUUUCAAUGGCCAUGGCCACAACUACACAGUGGAGAUAACCGUUCGUGGACCCAUUGAUCAACGCACUGGAAUGGUCCUAAACAUAACCGAACUCAAGGAUGCCAUUGAGGCAGUCAUAAUGAAGAAUCUAGAUCACAAGAAUCUCGAUAAGGAUGUGGAAUACUUUGCCAAGACACCCAGUACAACAGAGAAUCUAGCCGUUUACAUUUGGAACAACAUACGGCUGCAGCUAAAGAAGCCCGAACUCCUGUACGAGGUGAAGAUCCAUGAGACACCAAAGAAUAUAAUUAGUUAUCGCGGACCCUAUGCUCUCAAUGGCAUUUAUAAUCCUAUAAACAAGCGCAUUGCCCAUGAUUCCUGUACCAAUAUAUCGUCCGAUUCGGAUUAGAGAACGGAAGACAGACUGAGAGAGAGGUAUGUGCCCAUUGCCUCACGAAUUUUAUGUUGGACCCUAAUUCUCAGUGAAUACACGAAAACAUUCAUUUAAACUCAAACAAGAAAACAAAAAGAAUUAAAAACAUUUAGUUUUAUACAAGUUAUACGAAUUACAAAGUAUAUAGCAAUCGAUUUUUUAUAUAUAUACUAUAUGAAUUAUGCAAGCAUUAUAUCCAAUAAAUUAUAAAGCAAUUCAUUGUGA